AUGGAUGUGCCGAAGGCAAUCAUUUUGUGUGCCGUUCGGUAUUUCGAUCAAGUGGGUGCUUUGAGAAAGCCAAUGGCAUGGCUACCGUUCGGUAGCUGGUCGAGCAACAUGGAGAAGGAUGGACACUCAAGGCUUUCGGGUGGCUUGAUCAAUCUCCUGGAUGGGUGUGCCGUUCGGUAUUUCGACCAAGUAGGUGCUUUGAACACUGGUGGUACCGAACGGUAA